AUGACUGAAGAAGAAAUGGAGAUACUGGACGACAUCAAGGACCCCUAUAGCAGGUACUGGGCACCAAUUCAGUGGUGCGUCAAUUUGGUAUACGAGUGCAAAGCCAGCGGCAAGAUUGACGAUUACUACCUCAUGAAUAAAAUUGUUGAUGAAAUCAGCAAAUUCCGUCAUGGACUGGCCGCUCUUCUUAAAUAUGAUUGGGUUCCUGUGCCACUUGUUUACCCUCAAGUCAUCUUCCUUGCAGUUCGUUUUUAUUUUGUAAUUUGUUUAUUUGGACGCCAAUUUAUUGUUACGGGCAAAAAUCCGAGUGGGAUAGAUCUGUGGUUACCGAUUACCACUAUGAUUCAAUUUAUUGUGUACAUGGGUUGGAUGAAGGUUGCUGAAGCGCUUCUGAAUCCUCUUGGAGAAGAUGAUGAUGAUCUCGAAUGCAACUAUGUCAUCGAUAAGAAUCUAAUCGUGAGUUUAAAAUGA